CCUCGGCCCCGGAUGCCCCUCGGCUCGCCCCGGGCUCACGUCCCGAUCCCGGCUUGACUGGCCCGGGGUGGGGGACCUGGAAGUUUUAGCCUCGCUGCUCUCGAGGCGGAUUAAUUAGCCCAAGAAACAUUAUAUUCAUGCUUAGGUGGAGAAAAGCAGGGCUAGAAUUGGAACUCAAGGCCCAGAAUGUCAGGAGAGGAUGUGGGGGCGCCACCCGAUCACCUCUGGGUUCACCAAGAGGGUGUCUACCGCGACGAGUACCAGCGCACGUGGGUGGCCGUCGUGGAAGAGGAGACGAGUUUCCUAAGGGCACGAGUCCAGCAAGUUCAGGUUCCCUUAGGUGACGCAGCUAGGCCAAGUCACCUUCUUACCUCCCAGCUACCUCUCAUGUGGCAACUCUACCCUGAGGAGCGCUACAUGGAUAACAACUCUCGCUUGUGGCAGAUCCAGCAUCAUUUAAUGGUCAGGGGAGUCCAGGAGCUGUUGCUUAAGCUUUUGCCUGAUGAUUAACCUGGUGCUGGAAUUCUAGGAAGACAUGCUCCUCUGUUCUGUUCAGUACAUGGCAAUCACUUCAUCCACCACCGCAGUGCACCCACGUGUGGGCCUAGGGGAGGGAGUGGGUUGAAAAACUGCUCAAGAACACAGAAGUUUAGGAAGGGUCAUGAAGAACACCGCGAGUGGAACUGCAGAGAGAGGGUUACGCAGGCAGAAAGCGAGUCAACAAAAGCACUUAGUCAGGAUACGUAACUUGAAAUUGACUCCUUUGGAAAUUGCCGUAGAACCUUUAAUGGACAUCAUCAGCUGGAACUGGGAUCUGAUGAAUCCCACAAAAGUCAGCACCUGCUACAGAACACAUGCUCUGAUCACCAAGGACUUGGUACUGAUUUAGAGAGAAGAGAGCAGCUCCUAGCAGCAUCAACAUCUAUUGGUCGCUUAUUUGCCCUGCAGCAGUCCUCCUGCCUUCCCUCCUCCCACCCUGUAAAUAUCCUAGGUUUUGCUCCAGUGUUUCCCAUCCCAGUACUGACCUAGCUUGGAUCUACUGAGAACGUAGGGGGCUCUGGAAAAAAGGAAAAGAAAAAAAAAAAAAGGAGGUUAUUUGCAUUAA